AAAACUUACUAAUUACUUCGCUUUUUAGAUAUGGCCAAAGGAAAUUCUCCUCUCCUCAGACCUACCAUCGCCAAACGAUCUUCUCAUCAGAGUGUGUUAGCCGGAGCAAAGGCAGCAGUUGUUGCAUGUGUUGCCACCGCCAUUCCAACUCUGGCUAGUGUGAGGAUGUUGCCUUGGGCAAAAGCCAAUCUCAAUCACACAGCUCAAGCUCUCAUAAUCUCCACAGCGACGGCAGCGGCAUAUUUCAUAGUAGCUGACAAGACAGUUUUAGCAACGGCAAGAAAGAACUCCUUCAACCCACCCUCCCAUUCUCAACCAUGAAAUGUAUUCCAUUUCACUGAUACUUAUGAAAAAACAAUGAUAUUUU